AAAAACGGACAGUUUACUAAACAGGGACAUGAUAAAAAGGUGCGUGGGUUUAAAAAAGGCAUUGUUAUUACGAGUAGCUAAGAACAGGGGUGAGCCUUUGCCACCAACUGACUUGGAACUGGAAGGUCACCACAAUUCCGUUGAUCUCGAUGAAGAACUAGUGCAAUUAGAUCACGACUAUUUUGGCGUUGCUGAGGAAGUGACUGUGUGUGAUGAUGAUGGUGGUUCUAUAGACAAUGAUAAAGCCUAUGAUUGGCGAGUGGGCAGGCGCAUCGUGGAACUGAAUGUACUUGCAGAUGGGUUGAGGGCUUGUCAGCUUUGUCAGUCCCCCUUACAGCUACAUAACUGUGUUAACGAAAAAAAAUUUGGAAUUUCACAAAUUUUACAAAUAAAGUGUGAACACUGCCAUCUUUUAAAUGAUGUGGCAACAGGGAGAAGGGGGGCCUCGGCAUCAGGGUACAGUGUAGAAUUUGGGGGGCCUGGCAUGGGAUGCCAAUACUACAACUGGCAGCAGGUAAGAUUGCCAUAA